CAAACCUGGGCCAAGAAAUGAACCAGAGAGAACCGGAGCUAGAGGGACUUGGCGGUUCUUCCAGCACGGAGCAAAAGAACCGCAGAGGCGAAAUCCGCCCCGCCAGGACAGAGCCAGAAUCGAGAGCCCGCGUUUUGAAUCACGCGCUCUCGCCGCGCGGUGAAAGCUGGUCGGACGCGGCUGGUCCAAUUCGUAGCGUGCAAAGGUCGGGCAGGACCAAAGAGAUCACGUGUGGAAGCUUUGAGGAAAGGCAAAACAUCCGCGGUUCCCGAGUUGGGCCGGGUUUGGAGGAUCUAUAGGCUCGCUUUUAAACUCGGCUCGCCACUUCUUCCCCUUCUUCAGAAGCGGCUGGCGGGGGGAGUUCGAGCCUUAGGGUUGUUGCUCUGAAGGUUGUCAAGAUGUUGCUGACGGAAAGUAUUAUUCUAAUAUUGUCGCUGGGGACUCUAAGUUCAGCUUUUUCAAUAAAGGAACCUAAAGAACCGAAACAGGCGUGGGGGUAUGUUCCUGUCAGAAGCAAUGCAAGCAUGUUCUGGUGGUUAUACUAUGCAGACAGUCCCACUCAGAAUUUCACACAACUCCCUCUUAUCUUAUGGCUGCAGGGAGGCCCAGGAGCUUCAGGUUGCGGAUAUGGAAAUUUUGAAGAGAUUGGUCCCUUAGAUUCUGAUCUAAAACCAAGAAAGACAACUUGGCUGCAGGCAGCAAGUCUUCUCUUUGUUGACAAUCCUGUUGGCACCGGAUACAGUUAUGUUAAUGACACCCUUGCCUACGCCACUGAUCUCAGCAUGGUCGCUUCGGAUAUGAUGGUGGUUCUCCGAGAGUUCUUUAAAUCAAAGGCGGAAUUCCAGACAAUCCCCUUCUACAUCUUUUCUGAAUCUUAUGGAGGAAAAAUGGCAGCUGCCAUUGCUCUGGAAGUUCAUAAGGCUAUUCAAGCUGGAACAAUCAAGUGCAAUUUUCGUGGAGUAGCCCUUGGUGAUUCAUGGAUUUCUCCUCUAGAUUCUGUGCUUGCUUGGGGGCCUUACCUGUAUAGCACUUCUUUCCUAGAUGAUCAAGGCUUGAAGGAAGUCACUACAGCUGCCAAGAAGAUCCUGAAUGCAAUAAAUACAGGGGCAUUUAAGUUUGCUACACUGCUUUGGGAUAAAGCAGAGGAUAUCAUAGAAAAGAACACAAAUGGUGUGAACUUCUAUAACAUUCUAACCCAUGACUCUACAAAGGACACCGCUCUUUCAUCUGCUACCACUGAAACCAUCCCAUUUUUAAAAUUGUUCCAGCGUCAUGUGAAAAAUCAAAUUAAAGACAAGCUGAAUGACCUGAUGAAUGGGCCCAUCCGAAAAAAGCUGAAAAUAAUUCCAGACUACGUUAAAUGGGGAGGGCAAUCAGCUGGUGUAUUUAUGAAUAUGGCUGAAGACUUUAUGAAAAAUGCAAUUGAUAUUGUAGACAGCUUGCUCGAGGCCAAUGUGAAUGUAACUGUAUACAAUGGGCAGCUAGAUCUCAUUGUUCCUACAAUAGGGCAAGAAGCUUGGCUCCGGAAGCUAAAAUGGCCCAAACUGAAAGAAUUCAAUGCACUGAAGUGGCAACCUUUGUACACCUGCCCAGAAUGCACAGAGACGGCUGCUUUUUAUAAAUCUUACUGUAAUCUGAGCUUCUUCUGGAUCCUCAAGGCUGGCCACAUGGUCCCGGCUGACCAAGGUGACAUGGCAUUGAAGAUGCUUAGGAUGGUCACCCAACAAAAGCAAUGACUAAAUUAGAGCCAGCUGGCUUGGCUCCUGUUUGGAAUCUUUUUGUGGCACCUCAAAAGCUGAAGGAAUAAUUAUACCAUUGUGUUUUGAUUUUCUCAGGUAUUAUGUAAGGCACUUGAAGGAGACACAGAUGGAAAUAAUUCACUUUCUCCUGUGGUAACUUCUUUUGUAAAAUGUGAAGAUCUCUUGAUCCACUUCUGGUUAGCAUAAUCCUUAAAUGCUGGAAACAGAAGGUGUGAGUAAAUCAGGGAUUGGCAUUUUGUAGGCUAUGUGUGGCCUCUAUGUUGUAGCCUUGGAAGAUCCUCUUUUUGUCCUGCAACAUCUGGCAAAAUUGAUGAGAUAUCAGUGAUAUCCUUUUGGGAUAGGUUUUGCCAAAAGGUAGUAGAGAUGGACCGAUCAAAUUCCCAGAGUCAAAAUGCAUCAAUUUGCAACUUCCAAACACUC